UCUCUUUUGAGAGUGUAUUGACCUACAGUCAUUUUAACAUUACUGUACAGACAUGGAAAGUAAAUGGGAUCAGGUGCAUGCCCUCCUGACAGAAGGCACAUACCCCUCGGGGUAUGGAAAAAGUCAGAGGCAAAACCUGAGGAGAUAUGCCUCCAAAUUCAGAGUAAGGGAAAAAGAUCUCUGGUUUGGUAAUAAGAAGGUGGUGAAAAAGAGGGAGGAAGCCAGGAGACUUUUCAUGGAGUUCCAUUCCUCCCCCAUGGGAGGUCAUACUGGCAUCCUUAAAACAUGGGCAGCAAUCUCUUCCAGGUUCUACUGGACCGGGAUGUCUGUAGACAUAAAAAAUUGGAUCUUAGAAUGUGACAGAUGCCAAAAGGUUGGAAAACCAUUGACUGCAGUGGGGGAGUUGCAGCCGAUAAAGGUCUCUGGCGUGUGGGAUUUGAUUGGGAUCGACCUUACUGGACCACUUCCCAAAACUGUCAAUGGCUUUCAAUACAUUUUGACAGCUACUGAUUUUUUUUCCAAGAGGGUGGAAGCUUUUCCACUCAAGUCCAAAUCAGCUGCAGAAGUUGCAAGAUUGAAGGAACUCUGGGCGGCUAAAGACCGCGGCAAAGUUGAAGUAGUUGUUGGAUCAUAUUCACUGUACCAGUCCUCUUUCCGUACGCUGCAAGGAUCAGGAUGGCUUUCAGAUGAAGUUAUUGAUGCGUACAUUCACCACUUGCUAGAACAACACAAGGUUGUGAACAUGGCAGAGAAGUCACUUACUGUAAUUGACCCAAUGGGAAAUGAGGAUGCCUACAACAGGAAGAUUCUGAGGAACUGGCAUCCGCUGGUCUGGAAACAGAAUCUAGCAACUCAACUGUUCGUGUGCACAUGGACAUGGUCAAGUGUGGUCGGUUGUCUUCGUGUGCACUGUUCCACGGUUAUAAUAACUGGCAAACAUGUCGGACUCAUUGGCAGAAAGCAUCGGCAGAGCAGUUCUGGCGGCUAUUCAAAACUUCUCUGCAGGGACGACAGCGACAGCAAACCCCACAGGGCUACCACAGGCCAGCUUGACAAAGAGCUGAGAGACACAUUUGGGGACAGAACUCUAACAAAGGAUGAGGAGGACUUCCUGAAGACUCUGAGCCCUGGUCACAUCCUGGCGUUUGCUACAGGGAGCAGCAAAGUCCCAGCCAUUGGUUUUCAUCCAUCUCCUAAAUUAAUAUUCAUUCAUGAUGACAACAAACAUCUUCCCAUUGCACACACUUGUGCGAAUGAGCUACUCCUUUUUGUGAACACAAAAACAAUGGCUGAUGAUGAUGAAUUCAACUACUACUUCCUCGUAGCACUAAUGAAUGGCUCUGUAUUCAGUACCAUUUAAACAAAUGUCAGGGUCUUACCUUUUUAUACUGGUACUCUGAAAACAGUUGUUAAAUCUCAAUAUCAAACGUUUGUGAUCUCACUUUUUUUUUACUAAGUAGUGUUACUAUGCAUAUUAAGGUACAUGUUUCUUAUAAUACAUUAAAAUUUGUUACUCAGGGUAAAAUUCAGGAAAAGAGUACUGCAAUGUAGUUGUCCAUCUUUUUUUCCACUUUAUUGUAGCACUUUUAUUGCGUUCUUCAUUCUUCAUCUC